CAGUCAUGAAAAUGUAUUUGAUUUCUUUAUGACAACAUAAACAUAGAAUCUGAUGAUGGCUCUCCUUGCAGAUGGGUUAAUUCAUCUAAGUUAUUUAAGUUUAGAUUUACUUUUAAAUUUGCGCAAGUUCACUCCGAUCUGUCUUUUGUUUUACACCACUUAUGUUUGCAUACUCGUUCAUGUUGUUGAAGCGAAAGAAGUCAACAUCGAAGUAUUUCUGUAUGCCAAGUACAAUUCUAAGAAUAGCCACGACUCAGGCAAAGCAUCAGCGUUGUCAGCAUCGUCAUCAUUUUUCAAACCUAUUGUUUACGCCAGCAACAAUGAGUUCAACAUAAAUGAAGAAUAUCAACACUGCACUGUUGAUCUAAGCCAAAGAAAAAAUUCAGAAGCUAUAAUUUCAGUAAAAGGAAGAUAUUUGACAGCAGGAAGUACUCAUCUUGUUGAAACUGGACGGCUUCACUUGCUAUCAAGUGACAAUGAUGGCAGGAAUGAUGAAAAUGGAUUUGCUAGAUUACCUCAAGACUGGGUUGGCGUUAUUCAUUAUACAGCAGAAACUGACGGCAAUGCAGUUGAUGGAAAUAGCAAUGACUCACCGCUCAUUUUGGAAAGGGUUCGUAAAGCAUUGAUGUUCGGGGCGUCUGCUAUAAUCAUCUUAACACUAAAUCAAGAAAUAAUACAAGAGUUGGAUGUGACACAGGUAGUCUCUAGACCAGUAGUUCUGGUGGAUAAUCUUCGCAACAUAACAUGUUUGUUGACCCUUCUCUUAAGCCAGAUGAAGUUUGAGACGAAAAUUACUUCCAGUGGUAAAAAGGACUCACUUCCAAAAAUUCCUACCUUCACUGUUUGGUCAACAUGUUAUAAAGCACCAGGGGAACGUGGUGUCAUUUGUCUAGAGCAGAAGAAUCAGUCUAAUAAGGGAAAGGCUGACCCGAACCAGUUUUGGGAAUGUUUCUAUGCUGGUAUAGUUCUGCUGGCUCUGUUAGCUGGUGUGAAGACACGCUUGAGUGAAGCUGGUUGGUGGAUUGGAGAAAAUGAUGCUCAGACCAAUGGCACCCAGGAGUCGAGCAUGAGGAAGACGGCACUCUAUGCACUGUCUCUGAUGAAAACCAUGAGAUACAAAAAGAUGGGGGAGCUAGCCUUGUCUGACACGUGUGCCGUUUGUCUCGAGGAGUUUCUGCUCAAGCAGAAACUGAGAAUUCUGCCUUGCGCUCACUCCUACCACACCAAAUGUGUCGACCGCUGGCUGGUCAACAACAGGACCUGUCCACUUUGUAAAUUGAAUAUUAUAGAGCAACUGGAAUCCAGUUAAGUACGAAAAAUCCUAUGUAGCGUUGAAUACAACUCUCUCUCAACCAGGGCACCCAAACUUUUUUAUUUAUUUAUAUAUUUAAAAAAAAUAACUUUUAGUUUUGGGUUUAUGUAAAUGCAUAAUUCUUUAUAUUUUUAAGAUAUUUAUUUUACAUGGAAAGACAUGCUGAUGUUGAAUAAUGUAAAUAUGUUGAACCUGUAAUUAUUUGUUGCUGCCAAGUGGGUGCUGUAGUUACAUUUGUGAAUAAGAUUGUUUAAAUAGUCUUAAAAAGCUAUUUAGCGUGAUGAUGUUGUACAGAUGGGUUUGGAGUUCUAUUUUUACUACUGCCGUGAAGAAAGUUUGGUCAAUAUUUACUCUCAUUAUGUUUAAUAAAGCUUGGAUAUGAUGGUAGAUGUGAAGAGAAGAGGCCAUAAAAUAUACCCAUUUAAACCUAGUUUCAUUGUGAAAUAGUUUUUAAUAAGAUUAUGACACUAAUUUUGAGAUCUUUGGUAUGUAAUUUGUUUGCACUGUUGUCAAAGAAUACAAACAAACAAGUUUUUGUUUUGCCUACCAUCGUUUAGGACAGGGGUUAUCAACCUGUGGGUCGCGACCCCCUUGGGAGUCGAUUGACGAUUUGCUAAGGAUCGCCUAAGACCAUUGAAAAUAUGGAUUGUCAUUGUCCAUUCUUCUAUUGCUGGAUGUGUAUGUGUGUGGGGGGUCUCGACAGAGUGGGGGAUUGUAAAAAGGGUUGCCAAGCAUAAAAGGUUGAGAACCGCUGAUUUAGGACAUGCUUAACAUGUUUGGUCCAGUACUAUUUAGAUAACUAAUGUCUCAAGCCUGCAUUUUUUUUUGCCUACCAUCAUAGGUAGAUAAGAUAAUACCAUUCAAUGAAUAUACUAUUACAGGAGAGUCCUGAAAACUCUUGUCUAAUAGAACCAUUAGCACAUGAAACUAAAUGUUAAUAGAGUAAACAGAUAACAUGAUAAGACAGAACUCAGAAAAAUAUAUGAAGGCUUAAAGCUGUCGAUACUGAAAAUUAACCACACAAACUGGUUAGCAUUUGGUUGCCAGAGUUAUCUGAACUGCAGUUUUCUGUAGUACGCUAUUGUUGUUUUUUUUUUUACUUUUCCAUGGUGCCAGAUUUCUCUACAAUUUAAUAAAACUUAAAUACUUUAUUUGCUUUGCUGUCAUAGUAAUUUCUGUAAAGGCCAAUUUUUUUCUGAUGUAGAUAUUGUAGAAACUGAAUCUGUUUUUUUGUGAUUUAAGCAAUUAAUGAACAGUAUUUCAAUUCCUAUCAAAAAGCCAAUCUCUUGCAUGCUGUAUAUAUAUAUAUACCGUAUAUAGAGAAAAUGUAUUGUCUAAUGGGUGAUAAAAUGACGGAUGACUAAAACGCUUUCACUGCUUGUGAUAUCUAUUUGAAUUCUUGUUGUGUGUCAGUAAAACUGCACUCUAUAUUAUGCAUUCAUCAUGGCGUUUUAUGCUGAUUGCAUUCUCAAGUGAUAGGUUGCAAGUUCAAAUCUAGAUGAAUGCUUAAAAUUUAGGUUCUUUCUGACCUCAAGUCUACUCAGCUCUGAGUUACCUUAUUUUGUUGGGGAAAGUGUGCUAUAAAAUAAUUAGUGGGUUGUACUUCUUAACUCUUUCUAUCUGUAAUUAUUUUGCCUAUUCUGAUGGAACUAUUAAUUUUUCUCAUUUGUGUUUCACUACUACCCUGUUGUGAUUAAACUUCAAUAACUUUUUUUGAAUGUAAUCAGGAAAUGUUAUAUUAGGUAUAUAAUUACAGAAGAAUGCAUGCUCUUUUUAUAUAACACAAAUUUAAGUUUGUAAAGCCAAAAAUUAAUUUAGUUUAAUGGGUUCAAAUCAACGUUGGUAUCAUCAGUUAGGAGUUAAAGAGUUAAAACUGUGAUACCAAGUGAUUACACUAUCCCCACUUGAACACUUCACUUGACUGUACUAAGCUAUAUGUUUAUUUUACAUUCAAUGAUAAAUUAUUUAAAUAUAAAAUCUUGACAAUAGCAGAGUUAAAAUUUAAAAAAGAGAAUUAGUUUUCGGGGUUAAAACCAUAUUCAAAACAUCAUAUGUUUUAUUAGAUAUUGAAUUGUGUGAUAGAAAUAUGCUAUGAAAAACAUUUUUUGGGAGGGGGGGGGGGGACAGAACAUUGCUUGAUUUCAUAAUUUAUAUCUUCAAAAGAUCAAUGUAGAACCACUAUCAUUUUAAUUGUCCCAACCAUUUGUCUCUUGUGAAUAACCUUUAAGUAGAUUUAGUCUCAAACUAACCCACUGCUGUUUGCCCAUUAAUAAUUCUUUCCCUUGAAAUCCGUAACAAAAACUAGGGCUGAAAGUUCUGAGAUUACAGUUGACUCUUGAAAAUCCAACACCCUCAGUAAUUUGAUCUGACAUGGUGUCCAUCUAAAUUUAUGUAAAUGUAUGCAUUUUUGACUAUAUUAAAAUUUAAUUGUAAUUUAGUUAAGUAUGUGAAAGCAGAAAUCAAAUGUUAUGUAUUUUUGAGAUCAAAUAUUUUUUCCCUUUUUUGUGUAUUGUUUAAGAGAAUAUCCCAUUACAUCAUAAUAGAAUCUUGACAUAUACAGUUAAAUUCAACAUAUAAAAAAAAGUAAACUUCCACUUUCAGACCUUGUUGUCUUCUAUAGGGCAGAUGAUGUAAAGGUCAUCUGUUUCUGUGGCCCACGGUUAACGAGGGUGCCAUAUAUGUGGUCAGUACAACGACCAACCACCUUUACUUUUCCCAACAAACGUCAGGUACCCAUUAGAGCUAGGUGGACUCAGAGGCGCCCAAAUUAAAAAUCCUAGUCUUCACCAGCAUUCAAACUUGGUACCCCCGGUUCGGAAGCCAAGCGCUUUACCACUCAGCCACCGCACCUCCCAAAUAUAACCUUCGGUAAUCCAAUGUUUUUCACUAUCUGACCCCCACCCCACCCCCCGCUCCUGUAAUGUCCAGACCAGCAAGAGUCAACUGUCGUCUUUUCUGUGUAUUACUCAUACUGGAGAUUAACAAAUAGUGCUUGAAACUAGUAUCAUUUUCCAAACUUCAAACUUUUGAAAUAUUGGCUGUGAAUCAAUUUUUGUUAACAUAUUUUAAAAAAUGAUUUUGACCCUGUAUUUAAGUAAUGAUUCAGAUCAGAGCAUUCAUUUCAAUUUGAAUGAUGCUAUUAUAAUUUUGAAAGACUAUUGGAAUGUGUAGAUAAGGACUGAACAAAUGUGAAUGCACUCUAUAGAUAACAUAUUGCCAUGUUAAAUUAUUGUGUCAUAAACUUUUCAUCUACCACACAGUUUGGCACAUCAAUUUGUUUAUAUAUAUGUUUGAAUUGUUUAUUUUUAUCCAAUCAGAGAAUCAAUAUAAUUGAUGAACAAAUUAAAAAGUGAGCUAUAUUUAAUGAAACAAUAAUUUUGAUUAUUGUGUUGAAUGUCAUGUCAGUAUAACUUUAAGAUAAUGCAAUGCAAGUGUACAUGUCUUUAAAGUUCACACUCAUUGUGAGGGAUGUGUCUUGACAGUAAUGUGCUUGUCUGAAUAGACUACUCAAUAAUACAUUAUUAUUAUUAUAGAUUUUAUAUAGCGCUACUUUCAUGCUUAUAGCAUGCUCAGAGCGCUUUGGUCCAAUCUCAUUUGUGGACCGGUGGGGGAAAGGGGGUAUCUAGGAGUUGGUUUUCCGUGCUUAUCUUAUCUUAUAUAAUACAGACG